AUGCAAAGGAAGGGAGUUAAGAAUGGAAUUUAUAAAGUUUUCUUUUGUAUUUCACUGAAAAAAGUGUUCAGCGUCCAAAUUUAGUUCUAAGAAUGUUGCUAUUUCAUGAUUUUGAUUAUUCUCUCAAAAAAUUAGGAAAUGAAUUAAGUUUGCAAAAUGAUUAUGGUUCUCAAAAAAUAUAGGAAGAGAAGGAUUUAAAAUUCUUUACUAAAAGAAUUGAUUGUCAUAAAAUUUGUUUAAUAUCAAAAAUAGAAGAUGCAUCUUUGUACAAUAUAUUUCUUUCUAAAAUUCAUAGCAUUAGCUAUUUAUAUGAAGGAUACUAUGGCUUUUUUGUUAUGGAAGAAUACUUAAAGCUUUUGA